UCAGUUUCAUCCAGUGAUCAGUUCAUCGCCACUGGAAGCAAAGAUGAAACCAUUCAGCUCUAUGACAUGAGCAAGAAAACUGAACAUGGGGCUUUGUUGCACCAUAAUGGUACUAUCUCGUGUCUGGAGUUUUACGGCACGUCCCAUUUACUCAGUGGAGGACAGGACGGUCUCAUCUGUGUGUGGAGCACCAAAAAAUGGGAAUGUUUGAAAUCUCUCAACGCUCAUAAGGGUCAUGUUACUUCACUGUCUGUACACCCUUCUGGAAAACUCGCGCUCUCUGUCGGAACCGACAAGACUCUGCGAACAUGGAAUCUCAUUGAAGGACGUUCAGCUUUCAUCAAGAAUCUUAAACAGAAUGCAGAGAUCGUCUUGUGGUCACCAGACGGAGAUCAGUAUGCAGUGGUUGGGAAUGAUCGAGUGGACAUUUACAUUCUAAAAUCUGCCACAAUUACUGGAACCAUUGCAUUCACACAAAGGAUUUCAUGUGUGAAGUUCCUGAAGAACACACUCUUGGCUGUGGGAGGAGACGAUGAGAGCGUGCGUAUCUAUGACGUGACCUCACAGAAGUGUGUCUGCGAGUUCAAAGCACAUGAGAACAG